GAAGAGGUAUUAAAGGCGACUUUGAUAAGCACCUUGAUUGCGCUUAUUUUCAUAAAAGGUUCCUGUGUAAACGAUUUAGAUAAGCUUCAAUUUAUAUUUCGAUGUGGAUAAGAGGAGAGCAACGUUAUCAUCACCGAAUUAAGAUAAUGGUAUAGAAGACAGCUUUAAAGUUUAAUUAAAAUACCUUUGACCUUUUGCGAACUCAAAUCCCGUAUUACUUAAAGAUGCAUACUGAAAAGUAAAACCUGCCUAGGCAAAACUGAGAGUAGUAGGUUCUUAAUAGCGGAUUUCUACAGUAUGAGUUUUGUGAGAGGCUCUUGAGGCACCGACUCUUUAUAGGCAAUUUUUUUCGUUUUUAAGAUGGCCCUUAAUUACAGCUCCCAGCUAUGUUUUAGGCAAGCGCUAUUCAAAGACAGCGUUGCUCAAACCUCCUUCGCAGUGUGGUCACAAAAGCUCACUCAAUCCAAUUUCAUCGCAGUCUAAGAAACAUUUUCCUAGGCCAAAUUGCUAAGUACCAAUUCUAAGUUUACCUCUCCAAGACCCUCACCUAAGGCAUUCGGGUGAAAUAGACCGUUUCUUAUUCACUCUAAACACAAGCUUCGAUUCCACAAAUGCUACCGUAUGCAAUUUCAAGUGACAAGCAUAUUCAUAUGUUAAUGUUGAGUCUAUAUGAUUGAUGAUUAAUGUAGUUGAUAAACUUAUCAUGUAUGCAGCAAGUCAGCAAGUUACGUUCUAAAUAAUUAACAAUAAUCUGCGGGUAAAAGCAUGUGGGGCUAAUUCAACUUGGGCUACAAAUGAAUAGCGAUUCAUGCAGGCACCGACUUUAGAAUAGUAGAUAAUUUCUUCAAAUCUUCCAUGCAAACACUGCUUUGGCAAAACAACUUUUAACUCAACGUCGGAUAAAGACUGUGGCAAGAAAUUACCUUUGGCGAUGAAAAGCUUCAUGAAAAUGCUUGGUUGGUAUCUAGCAGAGGAAAUUAAAGGACCGAAAUAUGAAAGAUUGCCACAUUCAAGUGAAUGAAAACGAGUUGGAAAAUUUUCCAAUAUGGAGAGGAAGAAAAGUGUCGCGACACCAAAUGGAACGGCCACAAACGGCAAAGUUCCUAAUGGGAAUGCUGCCGCGGCCGACACUGAAGAGCAUCGGAAGGGAACUACAAUUGAAGAUCUGGAACCGAUUAAAGCAACCUAUUCUAGUUUGUUUGUUUUGUCAGAGAAUAACCCAGUGCGGAGGUUCACGCGCUAUAUUUCAACUUCAAAAGGAUUUGAGUAUUUCAUUCUUGUCGCUAUUAUUGUGAAUUGUAUUCUUAUGGCAAUCAACACACAGCUCCCAGAAGACGAUGCGAAUCAAAUGAACAGAAUGGUCGAGCAAGCUGAGACCUAUCUUCUAGGAAUAUUUUGUCUUGAAAUGGUUUUGAACAUAGUCACAAUGGGGUUUAUUUUGCAUCCUGGCUCAUACAUCAGGAACCCGUGGAAUAUAUUAGAUUUUGUUGUUGUAGUUACCGGGAUUCUGAGUUUGCCACAAUUGGGUAUAAUGAAAGGCGGCUCCGUGAAGGCCUUGCGAGCAAUGAGGGUCCUGAGGCCACUCAAACUUGUCUCGGGAGUGCCAAGUCUGCAAGUUGUGAUGACUUCUAUAGCUAAAUCGUUGAUUCCGCUAUCAAAUGUGUGUCUACUUGUCGUGUUUGUUAUAAUUAUCUACGCAGUCAUAGGGCUGGAGAUGCUCCAGGGCCUCUUUCAUUAUACAUGCAAGAACGAAACCACCGGAGCGGUAUUAGAAGAAGGGCGCCUCUGCUCAUCCAAAAACGGCCGCCCCUGUCCGACUGGAUACAAGUGUAUGAGGUAUUGGUCUGGUCCCAAUGACGGCAUGACCAGUUUUGAUAACAUAUUCAUAAGUAUGUUGACUGUUUUUACUUGCAUUACUUGCGAAGGCUGGACAUCUACCAUGUAUGCCUCGUUUGAUGUUCUAGACAAAAGUGGCCUUGGAUUUUGGGUCUAUUACUACACACUGAAUAUUAUUGGGGCCCAAUUCAUGUUGAACCUUGUACUUGGAGUUCUUAGUGGAGAAUUUGGAAAAGAGGGAGAGAGACUUAAGAACCGCGCAGAAUUUCUUGCACAAAUGGAAGCCGCGCGUGAAGAACGCGCUGUUGAAAACUAUGAAGAAUGGGUUGAUGAAGGAAAAGUAGCCGCGAUAGCGGAAAAACAGAAAAAUGUAAAGCCUCCAGGGGAAAUGAGUGAAGAAGAAAAAGUAGCGGCAAGUGAAGAGCAAGGCACUUUAGCGCAAUUGCGAAUGCGUAAAUUGGUAAAACAUCCCGUGUUUUUCUGGUUUGUAAUGAUUUGCGUGUUUUUGAAUACGGCAUCGGUUGCAACUCAGCACUACCAACAAUCAUCUAUGCUGACAAAGAUACAAGAUUUGGCUGGCCUCAUAUUCAUUUCGAUAUUUUUCAUAGAAAUGUGCUUGAAGUUCUACGCGCUCGGAUGGAGAGGCUACGUCAAAUCUUCAUUCAACGUUUUCGACGCCCUUGUCGUAUGCGGUGGGAUCAUUGAGAUGAUAUUGUAUUACACUAUGAACGUUACGCUUGGAAUAUCCGUUCUGAGAGCAUUAAAGCUGCUUAAAUUAUUCAAAUUUACUCGCUACUGGAACUCACUGAAAAACUUAAUAGGUGCACUGAUGUCGAGUAUACAGGCCAUCUUGAGUUUGAUGGUUUUACUUUUGCUCUUUCUUAUCAUAUUUGCAUUGCUCGGCAUGACUUUAUUUGGUGGAAAAUUUCAAUACAAACAGACACCAUCGCGGACGAAUUUUGAUGACUUCUGGAAUUCUUUUCUUGCUGUCUUUCAAAUUCUUACCGGAGAGGAUUGGAAUGCCGUGAUGUACGAAGGAGUUCACGCGAACGGAGGACCGAAAGAUCCAAGCGGUCUCGUCAUGUCAUUGUAUUUUGUUGGUUUAGUUAUAAUCGGAAAUUAUGUGCUACUAAACGUUUUCUUGGCUAUUGCUGUCGAUAAUUUGACGGAAGCUGACCUAAUGGGUGGUGACGAAGACAAAGAGGAAGAGGAGAGACAAGAGCAUAUAGCGGAAGUGAAAGAAAAGUACGCGCCAAAAAGCGCCAAUGGGGAUAGCAAACUCGAAUUGUCUAACGGUGGAACUACGCCGCGCGGUAAAGAUGAACCGGAUGCGAUAGUUAUUGCGAAUGAGUUUGCAACUAAGAGUGAAACUGUAGAAGGGGGCACAGCCAAACCAGGUGACAAUUUCCUUGAAAAUCUCAAAAACCCUGGUAGAAUGACGGGGAACAUAGAAGGAGGUCCAGGUACUGAGAUGCUCCAAGUAAAUACCCUUUUUAUCUUGAAACCGACAAACCCGAUCCGCAAGGGCUUACAUAAGCUUGUGAAUUCGUCUUGGUUUGACCCUUUUAUCUUAGCGUGCAUCUUGAUCAGCAGCGCUCUGCUCGCAGUCGAGGAUACCGUAAAUGAAGAUGCGACUAUUAAUAAAGUUCUUGGAUAUGUCGAUUUUGUAUUCACACCGAUAUUCGCCGUUGAAGUUGUGUUGAAAAUUUUGAACUAUGGAGUGGUAUUGCAUAAAGGUGCCUAUUUUCGCGACGGUUGGAAUUUCAUGGAUGCGCUUGUCGUCAGUUCAGCGAUAGCCUCUCUCGUUCUAAGCAACGACGAAACAGCCUCGCCGCAAUCGCAGAAAGUCGUAAAAGUCCUGCGAGUCCUUCGCGUUCUCAGGCCACUUAAAGCAGUGAACAAGUCUAAAAAGCUGAAAGCUGUUUUUAAUUGCAUGAUUUACUCCCUUAAAAAUGUUAUAAAUAUCCUUGUCAUUACAAUUAUGUUUCUCUUCGUAUUUUCCGCCAUGGGUGUUCAGCUCUUCGCAGGAAAAUUCUUCUAUUGCACAGAUGUUUCCAAGCUUACACCUCAUGAGUGCCGUGGUGAAUACGUCAUUUUCGAGAAUUACGAUUAUUCAAAGCCAAAAAUAGAGCAACGCCAAUGGCUUAAAUAUGACUGGAACUUUGACAACCUAGCAACAGCUAUGGCUACUUUGUUUACAUCUUCGACAGGCGAAGGUUGGCCCUCUGUGAUGUUCGCAGCAAUCGAUGCAACAGAUAUUGACAAAGGCCCAAUAGUUGAUAACAGGCCAGAAAUAUCUUUAUUCUUUAUCUUUUUUGUUGUUAUCAUGUCCUUCUUCUUCCUGAAUAUAUUCGUUGCUUUGAUCAUUUUAACAUUUCAAGAAGAAGGCGCUAAGGAAGAAGGAGACUGUGAAUUGGAUCGGGGCCAGCGUGACACAUUGAUGGCUGCUAUAACCGCACAACCGCUUCAGCUUUACGUUCCUGAAGACCAGACUUCAUUACAGUUUAAAGUCUACCGUCUUGUCCGAUCAAAACCAUUUGAUUCAUUAAUCAUGGGGCUGAUAAUGGGCAACACAGUUUUAUUAAUGAUAAGCUUUCACGACCAGCCAACCAAAUACGGAAAAUGGCUUGACGAGUUGAAUAACAUUUUCAACUACUUGUUUACAGCCGAACUUUUCCUCAAACUGAUUGCAUUGAAAAUGAAUUACUUCAAAGACGGCUGGAAUGUAUUCGACCUCGUUAUCAUACUUGGUAGCUGGGCCGAUUUCAUCAUCAGUAGGACGAUGGAUACCUCACAACUGCCAAUUGAUACAAGUAUCUUUCGGCUUUUUAGAGCAGCACGUCUUGUAAAACUUCUUAACCGCAGUAAAACAAUCAAAGUUCUGCUAUAUACAUUCUUGCAAUCUUUCAAGGCAUUGCCGUACGUCGGUGCGUUGAUAUUUUUGCUUUUCUUCAUCUUCUGCAUCGUCGGUAUGCAGAUAUUCUCGCACAUCAGCCUAGAGCAAACAGACGACCCUUACAGCGAAAUAAACCGCCAUAAUCAUUUCCGCGCGUUUUUCCCCGCCUUUCAAGUACUAUUUCGCUGUGCCACAGGCGAAAAUUGGCCUAAUAUUAUGCUUGCAUGUACAAGUCCUGCGAAGUGUGACUUGAACAUCAAAGGAAUAAAACCAGGAGAUACUUGCGGCAGUCCAAUUGCCUAUCCAUACUUUAUUCUUUUCAUUUUCCUCUGUUCCUUUCUGAUGUUGAAUUUAUUUGUCGCCGUCAUCAUGGACAAUUUUGCUUUCCUUUGUCAAGAUGAAAGCAUACUUGGAGCCCAUCAUCUUGAUGAUUUCAUUGAGGCAUGGUCUGAAUACGACCCGACUGCCACGGGUCGUAUCCGACACACAGAAGUUUGUAAUUUGCUGCGACAGCUGGACCCACCAUUAGGACUUGGAACCAAAUGUCCGCGUGUCGUUGUCUACAAGCGAAUGGUGCGAAUGAACCAGGUGCUCUACGAUAAUGACACUGUCGAUUUCAACGGCACUUUGUUUCACCUCGUGAGGACCGGUAUGAAUAUAUGCACAGACGACAACAAUUUAAAAACGAACGACAUUAAGAUCCGACAGUUGAUGAAACGGGUCUGGCCGUUCAUCACCAAGAAGACCAUGGAUAGGGUAGUGCCUAAACGCAAAAAGGAAUGGGAGAAAAGAACAUUAGCACGUGUUUACGGUGCAAAGCUGAUAUAUGAGAACUAUAAACAUCUCAAAAAGACUAGAAAAUAGAAAAGCAGUUUCAAACAUGCAUCUUACUUUUUUAAAUUUUAGAUAUAUACUUCAGCUGUUUUAAACAAUCAGGGUAAAGUAUCAAUAAAGCUUCGUUCGACAGAAUUCUCUUAGUAUGUCAUAAUUAUUAAUGACCAAUAGAGACAAAUAUUCGUUUAUAAGCAUCAAAAUUGCUUCGGCCUAAGCGAUAAAAGACAGCAAUGUGAAACAAGUUUAGGAAAAGUAAUCACUUUCUCGCUGUUUUUGUUGAUUUUCUAACUAAAAGGUUAAGAAAAAUAGCACAUAAAUACGUUACAAGUCACAACAUGAAGUAGAAUACGUAAUCCAACUGAACCAGAAUUAAGUACCUAAUCGUCUCAAAGAGUACUUCACAACCCAUCUUUAAAAGAAUCAUUUUCGAGCAAUUUCGUAAGGUAGAGGGUGAUCAGUACUACGGUUUCGUAAUUUCUUUAUUCAUCUCAGAGGCCGUUCAUUAUGGACGGUUUUUGUGAUAAAAAAAGUUUGUAGACCGUCGUAAUAUACAGAGUAAGAACACCAGCCCAAUGAGUAGGCCUUUAACCUCCGUGUUUAAGAAAGGAUCCAACCUUAUUUACGUGGGUAAAGUUAUUGAAUGCAUCACUGUUAAACGAUGUGUAGCUACUAUCUACAAAGGCCAGAGCUUAGUUUAUAUCAGGGAUUCCACCUUGUAUACAAACUCUUAUUGCAAAUUGGAUUUAAUUCCAUGUUAGGAGCAUCUGUUGCUUUUUCGCAAACGUGAACGCUCUUUGUUUUGGUUCACAAAGAAUCACCUUUGUGAAUGCGCUACCCCAUGACGUUUCACGCUAGCAUCACCUAAUUUUGUCCACGAAACUUCACUUUUGUUUAAUUCAAGUAAGCGUGAAUACUCUUUGUUUUGGUUCACAAAGAAUCACCUUUGUGAAUGCGCUACCCCAUGACGUUUCACGCUAGCAUCACCUGAUUUUGUCCACGAAAUUUCACUUUUGUUUAAUUCAAGUAAGCGUGAAAAAUAUUUCUGCAAACCGGUCUGUUGCUUAGGGUCAGAAAGAGGUGGGCACUUUAUGGUGUGUCGAAUAGGGGGGGCAGCUGCUAUAAAAAGCUUCAGGCGAUCGUCACGCAGCUGUUCUAAACAUGUAGUAUUAAUAACAUAGGACAUUCCUAUUUUACCAACCCAAGCAUAGGUAUGUGAUAAUAAUGACGUAUCCGAUAUAUAGGAAUCUGGUAUCGAGUUAGCAACAGACGCUCCCUAUGUAUCCCUAUGUACCAAUGUGUAGCUGUGUCGCUCAUUUCUCAAUAGCCACUUCUAUUCCUAACCAGGCUCACGUGCAGGGCCAGGUCGUAUUCGAUGACUAUCCAUUAAUAGUGUGAUUAUUACUACAUGAAUUUUUCUAUGUUAAUUGACUUACUGCGAAUGUUGAUUUUAAAUGUUGUAGCGAAGAUAUCAUAAAAUUGAUUUUGAUUUAUAUACAAGAUUUUUUGGCUCUUUAUGUGUAGAAACAAAUUUUAUCAAGGAUGUAUAGAGAACGCCUAGAGUCUAGUCUCCACCGCUGUGCUCUAUUCACAGCUGCUCUAUAAAAAGCCAUGUGGAACUCUAUCUUUUUAAGAAGGCGCAAAACGUUUGUUCUUGAAAAUACUUAUAAAGCGUAGAUCAAUUCAUACGCACGAAGAAAGUUUUUCUACAAAGUAAGCCUUUGACAGCUGCGAUGACUCCGGUUGAGAAUAAUCUCAGGACGGGGGUACUGCUAAACAAUGAGCAUCAAUAGAGUGAAUAAGGAAAUAUUGAAAACCAAUAAUUGCAGUUUAUCAAUUAUAGCCUUCCGCCCUUCACACACAGCCUUCACGACCAUCGCAGCCUCCACCCUCCCUAACCUCCCCCCUCUCGGCUCCUUUUUGAACUUGCUACCUAGCAUUCGAAGGUAGUUUUUAGGACUCUGAGAAGCCGUGCUCAUCCAGCAGUUUCCUCUCGUCUCGUUUUUCCUCUCGAUGUGGCCACACCUUGUAAUUCCUACGCCUGAAAAUAAAGAGAGCUGGCGACUUUUCUCACUCUAAUUGAAAGUUUGGUCAUGUCAAUUCACAGACCUUUGGGUUUGUAGUUAACGCAUCUAGCCACUGAGCCAUUCUCGAGCCAGCCUCAGCCCUCCACAACCAUUCAAGUCUCAGCUCUUCACAGCAGUCCCAGCCCGCCAUGAAUCCCACCCUCAGCCCCUUUGUAAAAAACCCUUUGUAGCAGGGGAUUUAAAAAGGGUUUUGGCCGCUUCUUAAAAACUAAUUUGCCCACUUUCUAACUACCGUAUAUGAUAUAAUGAACGCCUUUUUUCUAAUAAACGUCCCUCUCCCCUAAAAGCCAAAAUGGUUGGUAGCGCUCCGGUGUUUAAUAAAUGGAAUACGGUACGAUCUAUUCAUUAUCUUGAUUCAUUCAAAGUAGACUGAUGCAUAAGUAGGUACAGAAUAAAAGCUUAUUAAAGCUUCCUUAAAAGUAAAAUUGCCUAAUAAAUAAAUAUGUAAAAUCUAUAUAAACAUGUUUAUAUAGAAAUGAACCCUAGCUCGCGGAACCGCCUUUUUCGCUAUACCAAAAGCGAGUACAGCUCUGCCUAAACGGCAUCGAAGUCUUUGUAACAGCCAGGUAAUCAGAAAUUUUCAUAUAUUGUAUAAGAAAUAUUUACAAAUUUUACAAUGUCUGUAAUUUUUCCUAUUUGGUAUUUACCAUCGAACACACUUGAUCCGGUCAAGACAUAUUUAAUGGUAUACAUAGAUAAAUCUGUUCUGUUACUGAGGGAUUAUUGUAGGAACCUGAAAAGAAAUGAAUCUUAAAGUAGAAAACCAGCGGCUACACCCAAAUCCAGUGUUGUUGCUUUCAAUGAAAAAUUAAUUCUCUUUCUUAAGUCUUGUUUGUCCACAGAGAUUUUUUUAGUUUUCGAACAUCAGCUAUUUCCGCAGUUGUUCACGUUACGUCGACAGAGAAAAAAGAACUAAAUUUAAUCCUAAAAUUACUUUGAGGCUUAUCAAAUGAGGGAGCUUUUUUAAGAUAGUCCGAAAGGUAAAACUAAACACCACACCAUUUUUUGAAGAAUAACAGUCUGCAUACGAAAUGCUGUCUAGAACAUGGGCUCCUACACAAGUUUAAAAGUUCGGGGGCCAAGGAAAAAUUUAACACCCAUAGCAAAAGAUUAUGAAGAAUUAUAGGGGGCAUCUUAAAGCAAGAAAUUCAAAUUUACGAACUUAAUUUUAACGAAACGCAAAGUGUGCCAAAAAAGUUGUAAAACGUGGUAAACGGCUGCCAAAAACUUUCUGAAAUAUAUUUCAAGCUGAUCUAAAGGGCGUGGCUGCAAACAUUUUCCUUCGCUCGCAGUGCACGUGACUGGCUAUCCUGUCGUGUUUGCGUUUGUAUAGAGUGUGCACUACAGAAUUGGAUUUGUUCCACAUUUUUUGCAGUCUUAAAGAGACAAUGGUUAGAGAAAGUGGGAUACACCCCAACAAAUAUAG